AUGGCCAUGAUCGCGAUCACCCCAAAUCAUAUGAAAAAGGCCAGGACUGUGCUUAAAGCUCUCUGUGAGGCGUGGAAAGCUAUUACUCCCGUCAUCGAGGACCUAGGAAAAUUCGAGGAUCUCAAGAACAUGGCCAUGAUCGCGAUCACCCCAAAUCAUAUGAAAAAGGCCAGGACUGUGCUUGAAGCUCUCUGUGAGGCGUGGAAAACUAUUACUCCCGUCAUCGAGGACCUAGGAAAAUUCGAGGAUCUCAAGAACAUGGCCAUGAUCGCGAUCACCCCAAAUCAUAUGAAAAAGGCCAAGACUGUGCUUAAAGCUCUCUGUGAGGCGUGGAAAACUAUUACUCCCAUGAUAGAGAGCCCAGGAAAAUUCGAGAAUAUCAAGAACAUGGCUAUGAUUGCGAUCACCCUGAACCACAUACGUGUCGCUGACAUUGACGAAAAGCUACAUGGUUUCCUUGCCGAGCUUUGGAUCGGCCGAGACAGAACACAGGCAGCCGAUACAACAGGCAGAUCAACUCAACUGGAGUGCCUCCCUACUCAACAAGCGGCUGGUAUCAUGAACACUCCUGGAGAUGAGGCCACCCAGACUCAAGUGUCCCGAAAGCAAGUUCUUACGGGAGGAGUGGGAACCAGGCAGGUAGCCAUCGUGGUAGCCAUAGUAGCCUUAGCAGUAACGGCCAGGAAAUGA